AUGGCGGAAAGUUUGAGAAAGCAACUUGGAUUACUGACAAUAUUAUAUCUUCUCGUGAUCAGCACCAAAGCACAAGAUCAUUAUGGAACAAAUGAACCAAGAAGUUGUCUACCACAUCAUGAUAAAAGAUGGGAACCUCCUCCAAGCUGCAAAAAUAAAACGUUUGGUUGGAAAUGUAUGCACACAUGUAAUUGUAAAUAUAACGCAAAAUGUAACCCAGUGACAGGAGAGUGUCCCACUGGCUGCAAAGAAGGAUUUUAUGGAACAAAUUGCAAGCUCAACAAUAAUCAUAUUUAUGACACCCGGGGAAUUAGCUACAGAGGAAAUGUUGAUAUUACCGAAACUGGCACCAAAUGUUUAAACUGGAAAUACGUCAGAAGAGUACGAAACAAUGAUCAUUCAUUCUGGGCAAGAAAUUACUGCCGAAACGAAAAGUCAAUAAAGCCUUGGUGUUAUGUAUCAAAAACAGAGUAUGAAUUUUGUAACAUACCCAUUCAUGUGUGCCCACCUGAUACAUUUGGAAAUGGGUGUAUUCAUGAAUGUCAUUGUAAGAAUGGCACUUGUGAUCAAAAUGGUGUCUGUAAAUUUGGAUGUGCUCCUGGUUGGACUUGUCAGAACUGUCAAAAACGUUGUUUAAAUGGAACUUAUGGUGAGAGUUGCCGAAAAUCAUGCGGUUACUGUAAAGAUACAAAAUGUGACCCUGAAACUGGAAUUUGCUUUGAUGGCUGUCAAGCAGGUUAUUAUGGAGAUACAUGCAAGAAAUCUUGCCCAGAUGGUAGGUAUGGUUAUGGAUGCAUCUACAAAUGUGGCAAUUGCUCAAUCAGCAACAUUUGUGAUAAGGUCACUGGUGUCUGUAAACUUGGUUGUCUGCCUGGCUUUAAAGGGGCAACAUGUCAUGACCCAUGUUCUGAUCACCAUUAUGGCAAAAACUGUCAUCUGCCAUGCGGAUAUUGUAGGAAAGGAAAACACUGUGAUCCUCAAAAUGGAACCUGUUAUGAUGGAUGUGCGUCAGGUUAUAUGGGAGACUUAUGCCGGACAGAAUGUGAGGAUGGUCAUUAUGGAGAAAAUUGUAACAUGACUUGUGGUUGGUGUGUGAAAGGUAACAAAGCUUGUAAUCGAUAUACUGGCCAUUGUCUAUCCGGCUGUCAAGAAGGUUAUGAGGGCAGCACCUGUGCUGAAGCGGUGGUGGCUUCAAUGAAAGGCUCAACUACAGCAGCUGUGGUUGCUGCAUUGCUCGCCUUCGUGCUCUUUGUCUUUGUUGCCUCCCUUGUCUUUCACAAAUAUCGUAGGAAUCAAAAGAUGAAGAACAAUUUUGGAACGUCUGCAGAAGAUGCCCCUGAGACGCAUGAAGGUAGCAAAGAAACUGACCCUUUCCUCAUGGCGAUUCCGUAUGAAAAUGGAUGCACAUAUAUUCCACCUACAACUCAUUCUUCACCUGACAUCUCUGAAAUUGGGGAAACUGAUGAACCAUUUUAUGCAAAUGUAAACACCAAAAAAAUGAACAGCCCUGUACCACUUGAUGAACUUUAUGAUUAUAUUCAAGGCAACAAAAUGAACAAUAAUGCAGGAUUCAAAAAAGAGUUCAAGCAACUUCCUGAAGGUUUAUUGGCAAUGUGUAAUACAGCCAGGCGAGAGGAAAACAAAGACAAAAAUAGAUAUAAAGAUAUUAUAGCUUAUGACCACUCUCGUGUUCAUUUGGAUUUAAUACCUGGUGACCCUUAUUCUGACUAUGUCAAUGCUUCCUAUCUUGAUGGUUACAAGAGAGAAAAGGCUUAUACUGCAUCUCAAGGACCAAACAAGGCAGUCGUAAAAGACUUCUGGAGAAUGGUAUGGCAGACAAAUAUCUGCAAGAUUGUCAUGCUUACAGAUACAGUAGAAGCCUGUAAAAAGAAGUGUGAGAAAUACUGGCCUGAUUCCGGCACUCAGAAGUAUGGAGAAAUUAUUGUGGAAAAUAUUGACAAUGCUCAAUUCACAGAUUAUGUUAUCAGGACUUUUAAAUUGAAUUCAAAUGAAAGUUCAAGGAUUGUGAAACAUUUCCACUUUACAACCUGGUCCGACCAUGGGGCACCAACGUACCCGACUACAUUACUCAUUUUUAAGAGGAAAGUGAAAAUGUACAACCCAGACAGCUUGGACCCAAUCUUAGUCCAUUGCAGUGCUGGGUCUGGAAGGACUGGUACAUUUGUGGCCCUGGAUUAUUGCAUGGACCAAGCUAAAGCAGAAAGUCUAGUAGAUGUACUGGGCUGCGUCCAGUUAAUGCGAACAAACAGAGUCAAUAUGAUUCAGAAUUUAGACCAAUAUAUAUUUGUAUAUGAUGCUUUGCUUGAGGCUGUGAAGGCUGGUGAUACAACCAUUCCAAUGUCAGUAUUCAAUGAAACUUAUCAGAAGUGGGGGACCGCAGACCCAAAAACAUUAAUGACAAAAAUAGAAGAACAAUUUCAGGUAUUGCAUUUACUUUGUCCACCAUUCCAACGAGAUGAAUGUCGUGCUGCUUUAGAAAGUGAGAAUCUCAGUAAAAAUCGAUUCAAAAAUAUUUUACCUGCCAAUCGGUGUCGACCUUACUUGUAUACAGUAGCUGAUGAUUGUAAUGACUAUAUCAAUGCAGUUUUCUUACCGGGCUACACUAAGCAGAUAGCAUACAUUGUCACACAGAUGCCUCUGCCAAAGACAUUAGCUGACUUUUGGCGAUUACUUUAUGAUCAUCAAUCUGAUACAGUGGUCAUGUUGAACGAGUUUGACCGCAAUGACAAGACCUGUGGCUUGUACUGGCCUGAAGAAUACGGUUACACAGUUGAACAUGGUCCACUCAUUAUCCAGUUGCUUUCAUCAUCAGAAAUUGAUCCCAUUGUGGCCAUCAGAGUUUUCCAGUUACGGCACGUUGGCAAGGGUGAAGAACGAGCAAUCAAGCAGUUUCAGUUUAAGGCUUGGCCUAGCCAGCAGAAAUUGCCCAAUAGUACAGCUUCAAUCCUCAGGUUAUACCAACAAGUCCAAGAAUGGCUCACACAAAAUGGAAGAGGACCAAUCACAGUCCAUUGCAUGGAUGGAGCUCGGCGCAGUGGCCUCUUCUGUGCAAUUUGUGCCAUUUUUGAAAGGAUGAAAGUUGACAGAGAAGUUGAUGUUUUCCAGACUGUGAAACAAAUUAGAGUAAACAGGCCUCAGUUUAUUGAAGAUGUUGAGCAAUAUGAUUUCUGUUACAAAGUUGUGCAGCAAUACCUUAAUAGCCAAUCCAUUGCUUUACUUGGCUGUUUGUUGAUCUGUCUUGUUGCUUGCCAUGUCUGUCUUCCCUUAACGGCUAGUUCUUAUUCCUUCCCAGAGUUUUUGAUCUUCCGAUCUUCCGUCAGCCUUCCUUAG